UCAAAAUGGCGGCCCUUGCAGCCAGACGAGCGCAAGUCGGUAAUUUGUCAGUAGACUCUACAGUGUUUUUCCUUUGUGAUAUGCAAGAGUUAUUUCGUAAAAAGAUAGCUUAUUUUCAAGAUGUUUUAAACGUGACCAAAGUUAUGAUUGAAGCUGCAAAUCUCUUGAAAAUUCCUAUCUUUGCCACUGAACAUGAUCCAUCAACGGGCUGUGGUAAAACUGUUCCUGAGAUAGACACCAGUUCCUUCAAAGACAGACUAUUCACUAAAACUACAUUUUCAAUGCUGGGUGCUCCAGGUUUGGAGAACGAAUUGAAAAAGAUUCAACAAGUCAAAUCUGUGGUCAUCUUUGGAGUAAUGGCAGAUGUCUGUGUAUAUAAUACAGCACUGGAGCUAUUAGAGAGGGACUAUAUUGUUCAUGUGAUUGCAGAUGCAGUGUCAUCUGAUCAUAACUGUGAGAGGAUCAUUUGUUUACAGAGACUUGCCAAGAGUGGUGCAAUAGUUUCUACCAGUAAAGCGACUCUGUACAACCUGAUAAAAGGCACAGAUCAUCCAAAUAAUGAUGCUAUUUUAUCAUUGCUUGCUGGUGUUGUACCUGACAAGGGCCUGAUGAAUGCUUAUGGCGUGUGAUUGUAUUGGUUGCCAAACCAAUUUCCCUGCCUCCCAUCCCCCCUCCCCCCAAAUAAAAAAAAUGAUGCCUAACAUAAAUUACCUUAUUGUAAGAAGAAAGAGUUUUUUUCAACUCUGUAAAGCUGUUUGUAGUUGGGCUGGGGAAGGAAGAAAGUCGAAACACAUGGUAAAAAAGACCUGGUGUAAGCGUAAAGUUUUGUAGAUAUGAAGAUAAGGUAAGAACAAAUAAUUUGUGAUGAAAGGAAAAGCAUUCCCUGAAUUAYAGAAAGAUAUAACUGCUCAAUAAAAUAUUGUUUAAAGCUAGGUUUUUAUAGUUUACGAAACUUGUGUAAUUAUGUUUGAUUACAUUAAGGUAAUUAUGACAAUCAGURUAAUAAUCAGAAGUCAUUAAAAUAAAGGUUUUUUUAAAUUAACAAUUAUUCGCAAAAGGCGAAGUGCAUAUCAUAUUUACCUAGAUGCUAGUCUUCAAGCGAUGGCGUAAAUAUUCUCCGAUAUUCACUGAGGCUGAGGCAAAUAAUUGUUUUAGUAUAAAUACACAGGUUAUUUUUCCAAAAAAAAAAAAAGAAGGUURAAGACAUUUUUUU